AUUUGAAUUGCCCCCUCCCUCUCCUGCAGCGGAAAUGAAUCGACUGUUAGCAGCAAACUUCUCUAGAGUUCCGGAAGCCUUGAAGAAAUCAAUUCAGGCGACGAAAGCAGAGCUGCGCCCAUUGGGCAAAAGUGGAUUAAGAGUGUCCAACCCGAUCUUUGGGGGUUUGCAAAUUGGCAACUCACAAUGGUUACCAUGGGUGCUUAAUGAAGACAAGGCGCUCCCACUAUUAAAGUACGCAUACGACAGUGGGAUCAAUACAUGGGAUACUGCAAACGUCUACUCGAAUGGACAGUCUGAAGAGCUUAUGGGAAAGGCAAUGCAAACUUACAGCAUUCCCCGUCGCAAACUCGUUAUUAUGACCAAGUGCUACCGCGUGACAUGCGAUCAGGAAUACUUUGACGUUGGCUCUAAAGUGGCUAUGCACGGAGAUCUUGCUGAUCAAAGUAAAGACUACACAAACCAGUGGGGACUUUCAAGGGGAGCCAUAUUCAAUGCAGUGGAGGCCUCACUGGAAAGAUUGAAAACGACUUACAUAGAUCUAUUGCAAAUCCAUCGUUACGACCCGACUGUCCCGCCUGAGGAAACGAUGGGGGCGCUCCACGACUUAGUGAAGUCCGGAAAAGUCCGCUAUCUAGGCGCCAGCUCCAUGUGGGCAUAUCAAUUCGCAUUCUUACAACAUACAGCAGAAAAGCAUGGUUUCACGAAGUUCGUCGCCAUGCAAAAUCAUUACAAUUUGUUGUACCGCGAAGAGGAGCGCGAAAUGAAUCGACUUUGCAACCAAACUGGAGUUGGGCUAAUUCCAUGGGCCCCGUUGGCUGGCGGCCAACUUGCGCGUGCGCCAGAUCAAAACGGAAAAUCAUUGCGUUCGUCUGUCAACAAGAACGGAGCGUUCUACUACAACGAUAGCUCGGAUUCAGACGAGAUAGUACGCCGAGUAUGUGAAGUUGCAACGCGGCGUAGUUGGCCCAUGAGCCAUGUCGCCUUAGCGUGGUUGAAUCGCCGUACAACGGCCCCCAUAAUAGGUUUUAGUAGUUUCCAACGAAUCGAUGAUGCAUUAGCAGCGAGAGGCAAGUUGCUGACAAAGGAAGAGGAGGCUUAUUUAGAGGAGGCAUAUAGACCACAAGAAAUUUUAGGGCAUAUUUAA